AUGAAAGAGAAUCAAACACCACACAAGGUUUUCGCGCGCUCCGCAGAGCAUCACCAUGGCAGAACUAAGGAUUUACCGUCCAAGAGGUCUACAAAGGCACACGAUUCAUGAACCCUAACUUCUCACUUCUCUCGUUUUUCUUUUCUGUUUUCACUUUUAGAUUCAAUUUCUCGGCGUACCUUUCCUGUCGCCAGAUCGCCGAAAAGAGCUUGAAUGCGGCAUUUGCAUCGGUUUCUAAAGAUUCCGUGGAUUUAUCACCGUUCUCCGAGAUCUUAGAUACAAAUCGCAACGAAGAUCUCACAACCUUCUUAUUGGAAGAACCUUCAUCGGUGACUUUGCUUCCAUCUGAAUUAACUCCUAAAAAACUGACUGACAAGACGGGAAUUAUUAGUUCAACUAAUUGUACUGGUACAGAUGAAAUAGACUGUUCUAAGUUUAAUUCUGUGGAGGCUGAGAUUACUGUGAAUUUUCUCAGAAAUGUUAAAACUGAGUUCCUCAAUUCGGUUAAUGCUGCUCCCCAACGUAGAAUAGAGCUUUUGGAUAGAAUAAUUGAAUAUGUCAUAAGCGAUCUCCAAACCUAUACCCUGCCAGAGGAGAGUGAUCAGUUUGCUCAUUUGAUCUCUACGAAAAAGCGCAUGUUGUUUCUGUUUACCUUCAUUUGGGUAAUUGGAGUAUCAGCUGUUCUUUUCGUCACUUCAGAUACUCGUAGCCCUUACAGAGGACCAAGGCCGACGUGAAUCAUUAUAGCAAAAGGUUUAUGUGCUUUUAGAUUACGGGGAAGAGGGGUAUAAUUUUCAGUUAUGUAUCUAGUAAAUGUAUCUUUUAACUGUAAAUUCUGAUGAAAUAGAUAUAGCUCGUUCUUAGUCGUACACUUGAUUUAAAGUACUUAGAAAUUUAGAAUUACCCUGAAGUUGCAUU